AUGGUGGGAGGGGCCUUCAUGAUCAACAAUACACAGUACAAAAUCCAGCGUUGCACACCCAAUGCAUCAAGUAAGGGAGGAGGAGCGUCGCGAGGAAAGGCCUCUUGCGGCGAAAAUGGCUUGCUGGAUGCUUGUGAGAUGGUCGAGAGUGCUCAAGAUCGUGUGGCGGCUGCAGCUGAGGCUGCUGAGAGGACUCGAGGAGAGCAGCAGGUGUUGGUCGAGCGUCUUUGCCAACUCGAGACUGCCACAUUUGAAGGGCCCCAGCAGAACGAGUCUGCUCGCGCUCGAGCAGGACUUGGUCCCAGUCGUCGUCAGCGUCGUCGACAGGGUAUGUCACAUUUCGGCCGACACAGAAGAGUGGGGAAGGUUUAA